AUGUCUAUUGCUAUGGAUAACUCUAUGAUGAACAAGACCCUUUACGACCUCUCUAAUUUGGAGCCUCUUGAUGGCAAGAACUGCAAGACGGUAGCACCGGAUUCCUCCCUUUUGGAAAAAGAUGCCAAGAAGACGGCCGAAGCAUUGACCAAGAAGGAGAAAGACAACAAACUUGUUAAGGAUCACAUUCUCCAUCAUGUGAAUGGAAUCUUGUUUGACCUCCUCAUCACCAAUCAGUCAAGCAAGUCCAUUUGGGACACCUUGCAAAAGAAGUAUAGAGCCGAUGAUGCUGGUAAGAAGAAGUAUGUUGUUGGUAUGAAGAUGUGUGAAACUCUUCAAGACAAUGUACUCUUGGAGAAAUUUCCACCAUCAUGGAAUGACUACCGCAAUUCUUUGAAACACAAUAUGAAUGACAUGAACCUUCAAGAACUCAUUGGUCAUAUGAGGAUCGAAGAGGCGAACCGCCUCAAGGAUAAGUUUGAAUCUCUUUCUUUGAAUUUUUCGAAAGCUAACUUGGUUGAAUCUGGUGCUCCUAUGGGACACAAAGCCUAUCAAUAUGACCACCGCCACAAGAGGAACUCCAAUGGUGUCUCCCAAGCCAACCUUGUUGAAAAGAAUGAGGUGAUAGUCGCGGUGUUUGUUGAAGCCAACUUGGUGGAGAAGAAGCUGGAAUGGAUCUUGGAUACGGGAGCAUCAAAACACUUUUGUGCUAACAAGGCUAUCAUGACGGAUUUUGAGGAUGCUUCCGAUGGAGACAAUGUUUACAUGGGAAAUAGUAGCAUCGCCGGAGUUCUUGGCAAAGGGAAGGUCCACCUUAAACUCACUUCCGAAAAAACUUUAAUCUUUGAAUAA